UUUGUCGUUGCAUGCAUUCUUCAUCUUUGUGCAGUUUGUCUUCAUUGUCUUUGCCUCUUUCGUCUUUCUUAAUAAGAGACCUCACGCGAGAGAGAGAGAGAGAGAGAGAGAGAGAGAGAGAGAGAGAGAGAGAGAGAGAGAGAGAGAGAGAGAGAGCUGUUGAUUCAUGGAAGCAGUUGAAGACAUAGUGAUUGUUGGUGCGGGCAUAGCAGGCCUCACUACAGCUUUAGGACUUCACAGGCUUGGCAUUAAAAGCUUGGUUUUGGAGUCGUCUGACGGGUUGAGAACCACAGGGUUCGCCUUUACGACAUGGACAAAUGCUUGGCGGGCCUUGGAUGCGGUCGGCAUCGGUGAACCGCUCCGCCAACAGCACAACCAACUUUUUGGGUUGGUGACCUCUUCCCGAGCUUCUGGACUUUCUACAGCUGAUAGACAACCUGAUGCCACGAGGACACAACGUGUCCAUGAAAUUCGUUGCUUGCAGAGGAAAACCUUGUUGGAAACUCUUGAGAAAGAACUUCCUAGCGGCACUAUAAGGUAUUCCUCCAAGGUUGUGUUGAUCGAGGAAUUGGGCUACCCUAAGCUGGUCCAUCUUUCUGAUGGGUCAAUUCUCAAGGCGAAGGUGUUAAUUGGGUGUGAUGGAGUGAACUCAGCAGUGGCAAAAUGGCUAGGCUUCAAGAAGCCUGCUUUUGUUGGCCGAUCUGCCAUCAGGGGCUCUGUGUAUUAUGAGCAUGGUCAUGGUUUCGAGCCUAAAUUCUUCCAAUACAUUGCUGAAGGAGUUAGAUCUGGUGUCGUCGCUUGCAAUGACAAGUCUAUAUAUUGGUUCUUCACUUUUUCUUCUUCCAGCAAGAAUGAAGAGAUGGAAGAGAGUCCGGCCAAGAUGAAGCAAUUCGUGCUGGCAAAGCUUGGAAAAACACCGGACAACGUGAGAGCUGUUAUCGAGAAAACAGAACUGGAUAACAUAAUAUUGUCGCCGUUGAUAUUUCGACCCCCGUGGGAGAUUCUGCUUGGAAACAUAAGCAAAACCAAUGUCUGCGUAGCCGGAGACGCAUUCCACCCCAUGACGCCAGACAUCGGCCAGGGAGGCUGUGCGGCUCUAGAAGAUGGCAUUGUCCUAGCGAGAUGCCUGGGCGAAGCCUUGAGCGACAAGCAAGGCGUGAGCAGUGAAGAAGAGCACAAGAGGAUUGAGAUGGGCUUGCAGAGUUAUGCCAAAGAGAGAAGAUGGAGAGCAUUUGAGCUCAUAAGCACAGCUUACAUGAUGGGAUACAUCGAACAGAGCAAUGGCAGGGUAUUGAACUUCUUGAGGGACAGAGUACUGGCCAGCUUCUUGGCCCGGCAGAGGCUCAAGAUGGCGAGUUACGAUUGCGGGAAGCUGAGCGCUUCUUGAAUUACCCUAUUUGUUUACUUAUCAAUGUGUUCUGUGCGAGCAUUUAUACGGGCCGACCUCAUCAUGCAUCAUAUACAGAAUACUAA